AUGGAUUCGAAACAUAUAGAAAGAUCAAAGAACUUUGAAGAAUUAAAUAUUGUAUAUAACCAACCACAGUGUCCAAAAGCCGAAUUCAGACAAUCAUAUCAACAAAUCCAACAGAAACAAACAGAACAGCACCCAUACGUACAGUUGCAACUUUUACAGCAACAAACGCAGGAGCAACAACCAUCACUACUUAGUUCUUCUGAGUUAGCCAAUGUUCCCAAACGUUCGCUAUACUCCAUCAAAGAACAAGAAGAAACUUGCAUCCAAUCAGCAAAACUAUGCAUUACAUCCGACGCUGAAUAUAAGGUUGAAGAUGAUCAGCCGGAAAAUGUUACUCUUUCGGCACCAACUGAACAGCAGCCUUCAAUGCAGCAAAAAUAUUUAAGUGAACGUGAGCACAUAUAUGAGCUCUUCCAUCCAUGGGCAUUGAAGACAUACGGUGAUCAGGCCAAAACUAAAACCAUUACAAUGCGCAAAAAGGCUCGCAUCUUAAAGGCGCUUGAAGGUAAAGAACACAGCCGGCCGGACAGUUCUAAAUUUCGAUUUUGGGUGAAGUCCAAAGCCUUUACUACCACAAGACCUGAAGGAUUUGAAGAGGUUCGUGGUGCUAAAAAGUUGCCACCAAAUGCUGUUCUAUCUGAUAACCCAAGUGAAGUGGAUCUGUUUGUGUCUUCAACGACAAAGGAUCUUGGUAAACGCAUUUAUCGCAAAGUCGCAGUUGUUGAAGAAUUUUUCGAUAUAAUAUAUAAUGUACAUAUGGAACUAGGUGGCAGGAAUGGUAUGCAUGCUGGUCAAAAACGUACCUAUCGCAUCAUAACUGAAACUUAUGCAUUUCUGCCACGUGAAGCCGUUACACGAUUUUUGUCAACUUGUCCGGAAUGCAAAAAGAAUUUGCGUGCCUUCUCUCCAACAACUCUUAACCAGAUUGAAGAGCAACCAAAUGAGAGUUCGUUAGAGGAAGUGCUUAAUUACUCAUCGCAUACAGAAAGUUCACUUGAAGCUGGUCCCGCAGUGAAGACUUCAACAAAAUCUGUUAAACCAAAAACAGGGGCUAUAAUCCAACGCACUACCAAUCAAAAUUUGGACGCAAAAAUCAUUAAAACAACUGAAAUACAGUUGGACAUUUCCAGCGGCCAUACAAACCCGACUGCCCAUGAAAUGCCAACAACAUUUCCCAGAGGCUUACAAACUUCUAAAAAAAGUCUAACACUAACAACAGAAGUUGAAAUUCAAAAAAAUUUGCCAGUAUCUGUGCCAAAAAUACAUAUUAAUCCCAAUUUACAACGACCAAUAACUCCACCUACUGUACAAGAACCAGUUUCUUCAAUCGGUUUUAUGUACCGACCACCGCUCAACUUCGAUAUUAACACACUCAAAUCUCAUGAAAAUCUUCUACGAUAUUACGAAUUUAUGCAUCGUUUCUAUACUACUGGUUUUAUACCAACAAUAGCACAUUCAGCAGCUGUAACAACUGCCAGUAUACCAACAACACAGUUACCGGUUAUAAUACCACCUGUUUACAGUACCAGUACUCCGAAAUCAAACUUAAAGCCAGAAGUGGUCGAAACUUCUGUAAAUACUGACUCACCAAUUUACGAUACAUACAUUAGCAAAAUAAAACAUACACAAAUUGAUCAUUCUGACGAUGAUGAUAGACAUGAGAUUACACAUACAAGUAAAAAAUUUAAAACUUCCCCAGAUACUGUUAAAGAUAUUAAGGCACAGACGCUAGCACUUUUGAAUUUACCGAAACCAAAACAUAAUACAAAACCAAUUUUCUCAAAUCCAACUUCUGAAAAAACACUAACUCCAACCCAGACAAGUGCAAUUAAUUUAUCAAAAAAUUUCUCUUACAGAUCUAGCUGCUCCCCAUUGUCUUUCGCGCUACCGGUGACAUGUGCCACAAGUGUCAAAUUGGAAGAAGUUAACACUGGGUCCAAUAAGGAAGUCGAAUUACGUAUACCGCAAUUACUACAAAGCUUACCGACUACUUUGCCCCCGUUAGACCUGGAACGUCUUAAACCCAUUACUUCAACUUAUUUGCAAUUAACACGUAGUAUGGGAUUGAGCGAUGAAGAUGCACUGAGAUUUGAUAAUUUGGUAAGUAAGGAUUUUAAAUAUUCCUUGUAA